AUGCUGCUUGCCUUGUUCCUGAACUGGAUCGCGAAAGGCAAGCCGAUCUAUCGCUCGAUGGGCCCCAACCAGUCCAUAGCCUACAUAUCCGAUGAAGGAGCUCAGGAACUGAAGCCUCUUUUUAUCGCCAUGGGCGCUGUUUCAGUUAUUUCAUUCGACCUCGGCUUCAUCCUCGAGCGGUGGUUGCGCCACAAAGGCCGCCUUGUGGAGAACACGUCAAACUGGCAGAAGCUCUUUAAUAUUUGCUCCGGUCUUUUCGGUAUCAUUGGCGCUGCUGGCCUGAUCCUCUUGGCGAUAUUUGACACAUUGCGCCACGAGAGACUGCACCAAUACUUCCUCAUUAUCGGCGGGUACAUUGUGUCUGCUAUUUUCAUUUGUGCCGAGUAUCAGCGACUAGGAAUCCACUACCGCCAGUACCGGAUUCUGCGCGCGUCCUUCUGGGUCAAGUUGACAUUUAUCUUUCUCGAGCUCGCACUUUGUAUUGCCUUCGGGGUCACCCAGAACAAGGAGAACUUAAACACAUCCGCUAUACUAGAAUGGGUAAUCGCCCUAGUCUAUACGUUCUAUGUCCUCAGCUUCUUCAUCGACUUCAUUCCUGCGGUCCGGACGAACCAUCACCAAAGUCGGGAAACAUCGGUCGAGAUGGGGCUGAACAACGCGAACAAUGACCAGUCCUUCUAUAGGGACGGUGCAAGCAACAGUCACGCGAAUGGUUAUACGAAUGGCACCAAUAGUUACGCCAAUGGUUACCCAGACCGCGCCACCAACGGAUACGCCAACGGGUAUACUCGUGGCAACCCAAAUACUACCGGCAUCAACGGCGAUACCUAUUACCCUGAUGGAUACCCGAACGCCCUCCCGAAGCCCGUCGAGACAGUGCCACCGUCGCGGAACUUUUAG